AUGAGUGAUUCUAAUUUGACCAACGUUGAGAAGGAAUUUUUAGCUUUUGACUGGGCUGGAUCUCAAGAAUGGCAGCAGUACCUAUUGAACCUCUAUCCUACGCCUCCCCUCUCCAAGAUUCCAAAGUUCAAGAGGAAUUGGUACCGGAGGAACAUUGAUUCCACCCUGAGUGAAAGUUCGACAGUUGGAGAUCCAAUCACAGCUUCUGCCUCUACUCCGCCUACGCAACCGACGACUCCAGGAUUCACCCCAAGGUAUCAGGAAAAAACGCCUCGUUCCACAUCACAACUCCUACGUGAGUUCCCACACAGGCUGGAGCUAUUCUCGAGAAUCGGCUAUUUGGCUUCCCUUGUAGUAUUGGCCCUAUCUGUUUUUAGGCCAAAGAUGUCUGGGCUGCUUGUUCAGAAUCUACGCACAUGUUCAAGGAGCCUGUUUUACACAUUUUUGGUCCUUGGUACGCUAAGAGAGAGAGGGUUCCCUAAACUGAAUAUGCAAUGGCUCUCGUCACUCGUGUACGAGGAUAAUGUUCACUACAUUCUCUAUGCUUCUGCAUUUACAAAGCUUCCUCAAAGUCUUGGCAGAGUAAUGCCACAACUUAUUACAUGCGUCAUUGGAAUAAACAAGUUGUUCAAGAAUCAUCCUAGCAUUUUCCCAAGAAUUGUUGCGAGAUCACCACUUGUUAAAUCCGCAUUUGCAAAGUUUGACGCCAAUUUGUACCAAAUUUGUCAAAUAAGGGGGAACCUUGAAUGUUCAAUGAUAAUAUAUCUCGUUUUGGGAGUAUUCUCCACCCCUAGUGGCAUAUUCGCUCUGUUUAUUUACUCCAACUUUAUCAGAUUCAAGUAUGAACAAUGGCUCAUGUCAAAGGAUCCGUACAUCAAGAGUACAUUGAACUAUGUUCACGCGAAAAUUGGCGUAUUGCUGAGUAAUCCAAAUGUACCAUCUAUAUUAUCGGACGUAUACUACAAGGUAUAG